AUGGAGAACAACUGUCUGUCGAUGCAUGAGCAGAGUUCGAAGAUUCUAGAAUGUUGUGGAGAACAUUUUUUAAAUAAAGCUGCUUUGCGUUCCCACACGAAAACGUUACAUAAAGAAGGUUAUAGUUGCAACCUGUGUACACGACGCUUUUGCCGAAGAGCUCUACUGAGACGACACAUGAGUGUCCACAAUGGUUUAAAGGAAUUUUCAUGUGAACUUUGUAUUUAUGCUUCCAGUCACAAAAGCAGCUUGGAGAGACAUCAGUUUCGUAUCCACGGAAUUCCAGAGAAGAAUCAUCGAAAAAGGAAUUCGGUGUCCAAACAAUCGGGAACGUCUUCACCAUCUUCUCUGGGUUUGCUUCCAGAGAAGAGGAAGAUAAAUCGUGGAAAGUAUCCAAUAAUCAAUCCAUUGUAUAUACACCCGAAUUACCAGAGUCUAUUUCUGAAGAACCAUCAAUUACAAUGGCAGAAGAUAUUAACAGAAGGGAAACUAAAGGAACAGACAGAAUUUCUCUAA